GAGCACUCAAGGAGACUGGGGCAGACGCGGGAGAGAGCUGCUGAGAUUAUGCGCGGGGCAGAGAGCUCCUGUGGAUUCCCCAUCUUUUGCAGCGCCAGCAGCAGCAGCAGAAGGAGCAGAAGCUGUGGCUCUACAGAUAGCAGCAGAGCUAGCUGGAGCUGCAGCAAAACAAGGAGCCCCAACUCCAAAGCUAUUUAUUUACCCAGAGAUGAAGGUAGCAUUUACAGCCAAGGUGUAACAGGAACCAGCUGUGCACGCCGCCACAGUGUUGAAUGUACCUGUAGCCAGAGCAGUGACGGCCGCUGCAGCGCUGGUGCACAAGUGACCACAGCAGUGCAGUUAGGUGUAGUUGUAGCAGUAGCAGGGGGGGGCAGUGGCUCAGGACACUGAAUGACCAGUGUGGCUGAUGAAGGCCACCUGGAUCCGCUUGCUGAAACGAGCCAAGGGAGGUCGUGUCAAGAGCUCCGAUGCCUGUGGUUCGGCCGACUCCUACACCAGCCGUCCAUCAGACUCCGAUGUGUCCCUUGAGGAGGAUAAGGAGGCAGUGCGAAGAGAGGCAGAGCGACAGGCUCAGGCACAGCUCGACAAGGCCAAGACCAAACCAGUUGCAUUUGCUGUUCGCACAAAUGUCAACUACAGCCCGUGUCUCGACGAUGAUGUCCCCGUGCCGGGCAUGGCCGUCUCCUUUGAGGCUAAAGACUUCCUCCAUGUCAAAGAGAAAUUCAACAACGACUGGUGGAUAGGACGCCUGGUGAAGGAAGGCUGUGAAAUCGGUUUCAUCCCCAGUCCAGUGAAGCUUGAAAACACUCGUAUCCUCCAGGAGCAGAGGGCCAAGCAGGGCAAGUUCCACUCCAGUAAAUUGGGAGCAAACUCAUCCUCUAGUUUAGGUGAAGUGGUUCCUAACUCAAGGAAAUCUACUCCUCCUUCGUCUGCCAUUGACAUAGACGCCACAGACUUAGACCCCGAGGACAAUGAGCUUCCAGUCAACCUGCGCUCCCCUAAAGCCAGUCCAAACACUGUCAUGUCACCCCUAGCAAAAGAGAAACGAAUGCCCUUCUUUAAGAAGGCGGAACACAUUCCUCCGUACGACGUUGUGCCUUCCAUGCGACCCGUGGUUCUGGUUGGACCAUCACUGAAGGGCUACGAGGUGACAGACAUGAUGCAAAAAGCACUGUUUGACUUCUUGAAACACAGAUUCGAGGGAAGAAUAUCAAUCACUCGCGUCACGGCGGACAUCUCUCUGGCCAAACGCUCGGUCCUGAACAACCCCAGCAAGCACGCCAUCAUCGAACGCUCCAACACACGCUCAAACUUGGCUGAAGUCCAGAGUGAGAUUGAGCGGAUUUUCGAACUGGCGCGGACGUUACAGCUAGUCGUUCUGGACGCCGACACCAUCAACCACCCGUCACAGCUGGGGAAGACUUCCCUCGCCCCCAUUAUCGUGUACGUCAAGAUCACCUCUCCCAAGGUGCUGCAGAGGCUCAUCAAGUCCAGAGGAAAGUCUCAGGCCAAACACCUCAACGUCCAGAUGGUGGCUGCUGACAAGCUGGCUCAGUGCCCUCCUGAGAUGUUUGACAUCAUCCUCGAUGAGAACCAGCUGGAGGACGCAUGUGAGCACAUGGCUGAUUAUCUGGAGGCCUACUGGAAAAGCACUCACCCCACCAGCUCCAGCCCCACCAACGCUCUGCUGACCAAGCUGCCAACUGCCCAGCUGCCCUCCAGCCAGGCUCCGGUCUCCGGCGUCCAGGGCAGCAGCGCAGAGCAGAGAGGAGAUAAAGCAUUAGUGGAGAGGAAAGGCUCCAGAGAGGACCACCAGCACCAUCACCACCACCACCACCACCACCAACAGAGCCAGGACCAGGCCGACGCCGAGGCCGAGGGGGAGGGCAACGAGGAGGAGCGGCCUCUGAGGACAGAGUCCUCCAGGAGAGCCCAGCACAUCCACCACCGCUCGUCUUCCACCAGGACUGAGCACCACAACCACCAUCACCACCACCACCACCACAGCAAUCGAGGCCGGGGCCUCUCCCGGCAGGAGACUUUGGACUCGGAGACGCCCGAGAGCAGAGAGAGCCGGGAGAGCAAGGACUCAGCUUACAUCGAGCCACGCACUCAGCUCCUCCACCAGGAAGAGGAGGAGGAGGAGGAGGAAGAGGAGGAGGAGGAAGAGGAGGAUGAGGAUCUAGGGGAGGGGCACCCCCAGCAGCAACAGCGCUAUGAGCCACUGCCCCACCGGGACCACAACCACCAUCACCACCACCACCAUCACCGCGGUGGUGGGGCGGACGAGGCCGGCCACGGCACGGGACACCACCGCUCAAAGGAGCGCGAGCAGGACCAUAACGAACGGAACAAGCAGCGCUCGCACCACCACCGGCCGGCACGAGACCACCACCACCACUACUACGACCGGGACAGAGACAGGGACCGAGAGGGGGAGGUGGCUCCCAAAAAGAGGGGCGACGCAGGGGAGUGGAGAGACUCCUACAUCCACCAGUGAACGACCAAAUCCCUCCUGACGCUCAUUCUGUUCUCCCAUCGUGCUGCUAUGCCCUGAAACCACAGCAUCCUAUUUAUGUACACCUCCUUUGUAAAUGCUGUUGCAUCUUUUUCAAUGGCAGGAUUUUGAUUACAUAGAUACAAAUAUAAAUAUAUAAAUAUAUGUAUGUGUGUAUCUAUGCAUAGACGUUGUUUAUGUGUGGAUAUGCAUGAAUAUUCUCAAAUAUGCAUAUUUUAAACCUGUGUUUGAUAAAGCAUGACACAAAAGCAGAAUUUUUUUCUGUACUGAGCUGUGCUUUCUGUGAUUAGCAUUUUUUAAAUUGUUUUUAUUAAUUAUUUUUUUUGCUUGCUACCACUUGAAUCAUUUGUUCCUUUAGACUACUACUAGGGUUGUAAAUGGUUGACUAACCAAGUUAGUUUGAUGCUGUAUUUGCAGAGGUCUUUUUUGAUUCAAAGAAUAGUUUGUCAAUUUGAGAAAUACACUUAUUAGAGUAACCAGUUUAUUAGGUGAACCAAGCUCAAAUUGAUGCAGUCUAAUACAACAGUCCUGCGAUACAUUUUGCCGUAAAUAAUUUACAGUUAUUGUUGAAACUGAAAUUUAUGAUUAUUUUGGAGGCUGCAGUUUGUGGUGCUGUUGGAUUGUAUUAUGUAUUGUUCAUACUUGCAGUUUAUCCCUUAAAUGUUCAGGAACAUUUCCUGCAUGGGAUGUAUGAAUGGGAGCAGGGAUAGAAAUUCAGGGAAAUCUGAAAUGCCAAUUUCUCACCUGAAGACAGAGUAAAAUUUCCAGAGAGUUGCCUCUACGGCUGUGUUGUGAAUGAAAGCAGUCAUGUUGCAGGGACAAGCAUGUUAAAGUUACAUUCAUAGGAAUGAACAGGGCCCCACCUCCAACGUAUCCAAUUCUUUUAUAUACAUCCAUCUAUGGUACGUGUGAAAAAGGCGCAAGGCGGGAAUUUUCCUGAAAGUAAUGCAUGUGUCAAUAUGGGAAAUCACUAUCUGAAGAGGUUAAUUUACCUGGAACAUUGUGAGAAAGAAGCUUAUUCUUUUCAAACACGACUGUUGACUGCAUCCGUUUUAGCUUCUUAAUCAACUGCAAACUGAGUCUACAUGAGAAGAUUAAUAACACUUUAAUUUGUGUGUUAAAUACAGUCAUGGAAAAAAAUAUUAGACCACCCUUGUUUUCUCUAAUUUCUUGUUCAUUUUAAUGCCUGGUACAACUAAAGGUACAUUUGUUUGGACGAAUAUAAUGAUAACAUAUGAUGAUUCUUAAUAAUAACCAAAAUCAUUAUAAAGAAAAC